AUGUCGGGUGGGCAGCAGCAGUCCCAGUCUAGUGACACAAGUGCUGACACCACACCCAUGCAGCAGCCUCGGACUGAUCGGCAGGGUUGUACCGACGCCGUUUCUCCCAACCCUAUGUAUGGAUCCGGAGAAGACGCCACACCCAUGGAGCAAGGUCCCAACCCUCUAUACAUCCCCGGAAAAGUCAGAUCUGGCUCUGUGGGAAAGGACGGGUCACGUCAACCUCCAGUAGAAAAUGGAGCCAUCGGCAAAGUUGGAUCUGUGGGAAAGGACGGGCCACCCGGACCUCCAGGAGAAAAGGGAGCCAGCGGCUCUGUGGGAAAGGACGGGCCACCAGGACCAUUUGGGCCCCGAGGGAAGAUGGGACACGUUCGGCCUGACGGUCCAAAUGGUUCCAGUCCGAACGAUGAAUUAUGUGAAGCACCAGGGCAGGAGACAACAACUCAGUACGGCAUGCCACAGUUCAGUAGCCCCCUCUACCGGGAUCAAGGCAGUCAACAGCCUAUGCCUGAUCUCCAGACUGCGGCAAUGGAUACAAACGGUAUCCGACUCGUGGGUGGAUGUUGGUCCAGCAAGGGCAGGAAUGAAGUGUACCAUGACGGACAGUGGGGGACCGUCUGUGACGACAAAUUUGACAUUAACGACGCACACGUGGUCUGCCGUCAGCUGGGAUACAGAGGCGCUGCCAAGGCCCGAUAUGACGCAGUCGGGGCGGGGUCAGGCCCGAUCUGGCUGGACGACUUGGCCUGUGGGGGUACCGAGACAAACAUCGGACACUGCAGCCACAACGGAUGGGGCACACAUGACUGUCAGCACAGUGAGGACGCUGGUGUUGUCUGCUUAGACGGUCUGAUAUAA